AUGGUGAUAGCGGCUACGUUUAGUGAAAAGGAGACACUCUUUAGGGAGCAAGCCUUUCCUCAAGGCCUGGAAUCUAGUGCCGAGAUAGAGCUCCCAGAGCCUGGAGACGUCUAUAAGCUAGCUAAUGAGACAGCGGUAGUUGAGAAGCUUGUUGCAGGGCUUAUUACGGAUUAUGCAGAGGCCCAAGGGCUAUUCCAUGAGGGCCAAUUUGGUGCGCGACAUCAACGCAGCGCGAUGGACGCCGUGGCAUGCCUUAUAGCGGAGAUAGAGCAUGCUUGGGGCGAGGGUAAGCUUGGAGCAUGCCUAUUUAUGGAUAUCAAGGGCGCUUUUGACUAUGUGGUCUGGAGCAAGCUUAGAGGGGGCCUCCGGGGCACGGGAAUGGACGGAGACUUAGUGCGCUGGGUGGCCUCCUUCAUGUCAAAUCGACGCGCCAUGCUUGUUAUUGACGGGCACAUUAGUGAGGAAGUCCCUAUAAGCUCAGGCUUGCCUCAGGGCUCACCGGUGUCACCAAUCCUCUUUGUGUUGUACGUACGACUAUUAGCAGCUGCUAUUGAGAGCGCAGUUCCGGAGGUGCGGGGACUGUCCUUUAUGGACGACCAGGGGCUAGUUACAGCAGCUAGCUCUAUAAGAGAGGCCUGUAAGACCCUACAACAUGCCGCCAAGGUGGCAAUCGAAUGGGGGUUGAGAACGGCGUUCAAUUUGACCCUAGCAAGACAGAGGCAGCCUUCUUUACAAGGCAGCGUGAGAGCCUAUUCAGGCGCAAUAUUAGGGGAGCAAGAAUAA